UAUCAUCAUCAUGCAGAGAUAGAGAGGAGAGGGGGGGGGGGGGGGAUCAGUUUCUUAGCUCAGACAGCAAGGAAUUCCCAUUUCCUUCAGAUUCUUAUCUUUGUCCCCAAAAUAUCAUGCACUUUCUGCAUCAUUACUCCAAAUCUCUUUUACUCCACUUCUCACUGCAAAACCCUAAGUCCUUAACCCCAUCCUAUAUAUCCUCAAUAAUAAUCCAUUAUUAAUUCCCCAUCCACCCAAACCAAACUCGUUCUGUUGACAUUUAUUUACAACAACACAAUGAAACUCCAGUUUCUCUUUGCGUUUUUCCCAGACCCCUGUCUCAAAUCUCUCGUUUUGCUCAUUUUAGUUCAUGUCAAUCUCUGUUUUUCUGAGACUCAAAUGCUUCUUCUGUCGCUCAAAACCCAGGUGAUUCCUUCUGGGUACCUCCCAAGACCCCCUGAUAAGCUUCGUUUUCACCAUAACGUUAGUCUCUCAGUUUCUCUUUCGGCGGGUUCUCCUCCGCAGAAUGUCUCCAUGGUCAUUGACACUGGGAGUGAGCUCUCAUGGCUACGUUGUAACAGAACUUCACCCGCCGCGUUUGACCCGACCCGUUCUUCUUCGUACAUACCCAUUUCUUGCUCCUCACCCACCUGCACAACCCAGACCCGAGACUUCCCCAUCCCAGCUUCCUGCGAUUCUAACAAUCUCUGCCACGCCACUCUCUCCUACGCCGACUCCUCGUCGACGGAGGGCAACCUCGCUUCGGACACUUUCCGGGUCGGUACAGCCAAUGACCCGGGAGUUGUAUUCGGGUGCAUGAAUUCGAGCUACGACAGCAGCAACUCGGAUAGAGAAUCUAACACAACCGGGUUAUUGGGUAUGAACCGCGGGUCGCUCUCGUUCGUUUCGCAGUUAAAAUUCCCGAAAUUUUCUUACUGCAUAUCAGAUUCGGAUUCCUCAGGAGUGCUACUGUUCGGGGACACCAAUUUCUCGUGGCUCGCCCCGCUAAAUUACACCCCCUUGGUUCAAAUGUCCACCCCGUUACCAUACUUCGAUCGGGCAGCUUACACGGUUCGGCUCCGAGGAAUCAAAGUGUCGGGUGAGCUCCUGCAAAUACCAGACACUGUUUUCAUUCCUGACCACACCGGGGCAGGUCAAACCAUGGUUGACUCGGGCACCCAGUUCACAUUCCUUUUGGGUCCGGCUUACACAGCACUGCGGAGCGAGUUCGUAAACCAAACAAACAACACAUUGCGGGUCGUGGAUGACCCGAAUUACACAUUCCAGAUAGCGAUGGAUCUCUGCUACCGGGUCCCGAUGAACCAAACCAAAUUACCCGGGUUGCCGACCGUGAGUUUGGUUUUUGAUGGGGCGGAAAUGAUGAUUUCGGAUAAGCAGCUGUUAUAUCGGGUUCCGGAUCAAGUAAUGGGCGGUGAUUCGGUGUACUGCUUCACGUUCGGGAAUUCGGAUCUUCUAGGGGUAGAGGCUUUCAUCAUUGGUCAUCAGCAACAGCAGAAUCUGUGGAUGGAGUUUGAUCUAGAGAAGUCGAGGAUUGGAUUGGCCCAUGUAAGUUGUAGCUCAGCGGGACAGAGGCUUGGUUUGGGAAAAUAGGCCCAGUGUGGGCCCAAAAUAGGCGGUCCUUCUUUGGUCGCAUUUGGAGGAAUGGCUCAUGGGUGGUCCCACUUUCAGGAGUGGGGCAAUUAUGGGAUUGGACUGAAGCAGUAGGUGAGUGGUCAGAAUUUGGCAGACGGCAUUUGAUGUGGACGACGGAUUCUUUGGGUAUUUUUUCUUAGCUUAUUAAAUUUGCGACCCACUUUGAAGAUGGGAUUGAAAAUUGAAAUUGAAUACAGUAGUUAGUUUAGUAGCUGAGUGAAAUAAAAUGAUACUGAGUUUUUUGUUGGUAUACAAAUUGGCAUUAAAAAGGUG